UAGUGUUUUGUGUGUGCGCUAGACUAAAGCCAACAAUCGUGUGGAGCAGCUUGGCUCAAGUUUCUGGAAAUUUUUAGCUCACUUUGGUGUGUCCGUUCAGUUGAAACGUGUGGCAAAGUCGCAUCCACCCUCGUUGCCCACUUUGUGGCUAUUUUCGCGUACGGUUGAUGUGCUUUAGAAGGUGAAAAUCGUGGUUGGAAAAGUAGACGAUUUCCAUUUUCCCUAGUGAAAUUCACAUCCACAGCAGCAGGACGGUUCAUGUGAGUGGGAUAGAGAGAGAACGUUUUGUGCUGGUCGCCUUUCGCGCUGCGUUGGAAAGAGGCGGCUGCCGUGAGCAGCAAGGCGAGCAUCAAGAAAAAGCAGAAUGAGACCUAAUGCUAUGGAAGUGAUUUGGAGUUUUGUGUGAAGAAUAGUGUUCAAUCUGGAAAGUGAUGCAGUUUUCGACGUCAAAAAGUAAAAAUAAGUGCGAAACAGUGCGCGAAAAAUUAUAACAAAAGCACCAGCAAAAGGUAAACAACGUAUGAAAAAAAUAUAUAGACUAGAUGAGACACGAAAUGCGGUCAGAACAGACUGAAAAGAAUGGUCGAUACUUGUCCGCCGGCUGUCGCUGAGAAUGUCCGUCAUCAUAGUGCAACCAACGGGACCCUCAUCACCACUAGCAGCAGCAACAGCGACAACGACCAACACCGAAAACAGCUGGAAGUGACAAAGAUGAACAGUGCAAAUGUACUGGAAGCUGGAACAUCAUCACCUGUAGAAACUGUAGAGGAAAUUUUCCGGAAGGAUCAACAACAGCAGAACGAAGUAAUUGUCGUUUCCGAAGAAGACGACGAGCAGGAGAAUGGUGACCCGGAGCAGAACGGGUCUACUAGUGUGAUUGUGAUGGGUGGUUCCUCGAAACGGGAGCAGGAAUCGACUCUCAUCAACUGCCAGAGCAAAGAGCAACAGCACCAAGAGAAGCAGAAGAUAAUUGAUAAGGAGUUUGACAACGAACUUGAGAUAAUAGAGAUUUCGUCAACUCCCCCGCCAGACGUAGCACAGAAACGUGACGGAUUGGUGGAAACAGGGAACGAGGCUAGUAAUAAAAUUGGAAAUAAUAACGAUAGUGCAGUGCUGCUAAAGCAAAAAAUUACAGACGCUCUUGAUGGAAAGACUGCUAAUAACAACGUCUUGCUGCCCAAUUGUAUAGCGCGACCGGCGUCAAAAGAAUCUCCGAAAGAGGAAAAUCACAAUCGUGAAGAGAUGGGUCUCUCGGAAGAAAGUCGGAAAGUGGAACCAUUAAAGAUCAACUUGAACAGGGAACCGAUUCGGACGAUAAUUAAACUACCACCGAAUUUGGGAUCCGCGUCAGACCAGCAACCCAGCUCCCCAAAGAUCACCAUUAAACCAUUGAAAUCUCCGCAAGAUGUGGAUGCUCUUCCUAUCAACAGCAUACCGAAGCUUACCAUUAAACCGAUCGUGAACCCUGAAGAAUCCGGCGGUGGCGCUCAUACGUCCGUCGGAACAGAACAAAUGCAAAUCAUUCCUAAAUUGCACAUAAAAAAUCCUCCUCAGGACAGUUCGACAGCAGACGGAACUGAGCCACACAUUGUGCCUAAGCUAACGAUUCGCGGCGUUAACCAUAGCAAUUUGGUAGCGGGAGCCUCCGGAAUCAGCAGCAAUGAAAUAUCCGGUCCCGCGGCGCAGAAUUCUUCCAGCUCGCCUCCGAUGGUUCCUAAGCUAACAAUAAAGAAGGAUAAUCAUCAUCACCAUAGCAGUCAUCAUCAUCACCACCACCACCAUUCUCACCACAAUAACCGGGUGACCAAAGAGGAUGAUUCUUCGUCGACUCCUCCAGCAAUUCCCAAGAUACACAUCAAAGCAAUACUGGAACCAACGGUGGCACCAAGCUCGAGCGGUGGCUCCGGUUCUUCUGCAACUGGUCCCGUGCUAACUAGUUCCGAAGGGGUAAAAUUAACAAUAAAGCCCAUUCCGGAACCACCACUGCCGAAACUAACCAUCAAAACCAACUCGCUAAACACGAGCGAUGCUUCAGUAGUCUCAUCCACCAGUAGCAGUUUCUCGCCGAAGCUGGCUUCACCUCCACCGGCAUCACCAAGUGAUCAACAUUCGAGCGUAACGUCGACGAUUCCAAAACUUACUAUCAAACCCAUCCCGAAACCUCCACCCGCGGUACCACGCGAUCCCUCAGAAGUCCCUAUUCCCAAACUUACCAUCAAACCGAUGCCACCGAAACCGGUUGCAGCCUCCGAAGACAGCUGCUCAAGUGAAACCAGUAUUAACUCGUUAGAAUCUUCCCCCAUCUCAUCAUCCUCAUCGGCUCCCAGCUCGGUCAUCCAUUCACCGUCGGUAGUACCCAAGCUAACCAUUAAAGUUCCCAAAGAGGGCGAUUCUGUCAUUACUUCUCUACCGCAACUUAUUACCGGUUUCAACACCAUCUCGACAGCAGCAACCACAACAACAUCCAUCUCCACGAUACCGGUAGUGACCAAGCUGAACAUCAAACCGAUUCCACCCCUGCCACAGAAACCAGUGGUUUCAUCGCGGCUGCAGGAGAUAGAGCAGGAACGACAGUUCACCGUCAAUCUCGAAAUCGAGGAACCCGAGCCGAUUUUUAUUUCCAAAAUCACCAACAAAGCAGUCCCCAAUAUGAAAUGUAUAGAUCUGGAAGCACCUAGGAAUAUGCUGAAACCCGCGCUAAAGUCCGACGCGAUGAUUGAACUGUCCAAUAGUGAUGUCACUUACAAUAAAACCAAACAACCACUUGAGGUAGCAGUGAACUCAAAAUUGCUAGAUUCUGGUUCCGACUCACCGCGAGUAAUUCUUAAGAUUAACAAGGGAAUGUGGUGCACUACAACCCCCACCACUGCAACGUGUGCCGUCGUUGUUGAGAAAAUAGAUCCGACCAGCAAAGCCGAAGAGGCUUCAAACGAACUAAAAAGACAGAUUUCAGGAACACAAAUGGAAUCCAUCGAAGCACCGGAAAGCAAAAAGUUCAAAUUAAUGUCCAACCAUCAAUCUAGCGCUGAUGAACCUCGCAAAGCAUCUAACUCGGAAAAUGACGUCAUUGUAAUAGACGAUGACAGCAAAUCCGAUACCGUGGACGAUACGUCGGAACGUCCUGAAGCCGAAGAAUCCCCAAUCCCCAAACCUCCUCCACUGAUUGAAAUUGCGAAAGUAAAACCCGGUCCACCACCGCUCGUCCAAGGAACGCCGGUAAGUCACCAAACACCCCCCGGAACCGGCAAUAAGUUGAAAGAAAUUUUAACUAAAGCGAAACGUCAACGAAUGCUGGUCAGCCAAUCACCACAGCCCGAUUCCGAAUCUCGUCCCCGACGUACAGCUGCCCUACAGGCAAUUCCAGCUUCCUUACUACUUCGACGACAGCCAGCUAACAUUUCCCAUCCGCUCCCAGCCGAAUCUAACAUUACCAGUGUGCUGAUGCUCGAGAACGACGGAGGUUCCAGUUCGGACUGCAUGAUAAUCGAUGAUCAGCUGACGAUGGUCGAUAAAAAUGGAACCUCAAGCAAUAGUAACAGUAGCAGCUUCAGUGUUCCUUCCAGUAUCAGCACAGUUACAACUGCUCCCGCCGUCACGACAACUGUUACUUCCCCAAUUGUCAUUCCACCAAAGGUUCGCAUGAACACACGGAGCGGAGCCGGACAUCCAACGCCACCCAAGGAGACCUUAGUAUUCAAACCUCCCGAUAAAGAUUCCGGUUUGGACGAAGGUAAACUGGAGUCGGAGGAUGUUCCUAUUCCAGCGAAACGACCCCGUGGAAGACCGAAACGAAUAAAUGUGGUACCUAAGGCUAUAGUAGAACCACCAAAACCCGCAAAUGAAUCAUCUCCGAAGGUCGAACUAGCAGUUGAAACUAACGGUAGUACGAGCUCGUCCGAAUUGCCUCCCAUGACCAAUCUGGAAAUGUCGAACGAUAUUUCACCACGAGUGCUGCUGAAACCACUGACACCGUCCCGGUUGGAGAUUAAAGCUUCUCCGCAAACGGCGGUGGAGACGACACCUGUUGUCUCUGUCCCGGAAACCUCCACGAUCACCACCACCACCACCACUUCGCAAACUGGAGAGAUUCCCUCCGUUCCGUCCCAGGAACCAUUCAAUGGAACGGAGGUGAAAUUGCCAGAUGGAAGCAUACCGAUAGAGCCGAUAACACCGAGACCCCGAGGAAGAGGCCGCGGACGAGGUCGUGGACGGGGUUCCAGAUCUGGCAGAGGCUCUAGAUCAGUGCCACCUAAACUCGAUGGCGAAGGAAGUCUAUUGUCUCCAUUGGCAGAUCCAUCCUUGUCGACCCCGAUUCGACGGGGUCGGGGUGGUGGGAGAGGUCGUCGGGGUGGUGGGCGAGGUAGCCGGGGAGGACGAGGUAGCCGGGGAGGCCGUGGACGCGGUCGUGGUCGUGGACGUUCGAAUUCUGCCAGCCCUCAAAAAGGCACAAGUCCUAGGAAAAGUACGACCAACGAUUUCCACGGUUUUUUGACGCCCGACGGAACGGACAUGCACCGAAGAAAGCUGCAACUGACGCCCUUCCCAGGUCACAGCAACAGCUCCCUGCAACUCUUCGAAGAGGACACCCGGAUGAGUGGAGAUUUUAAUUUCACCACACCGAUGCGAUUGAUCAGUACCGCCGGUGGACCCAACGAUGAAUCCCAGAGUUCGUAUCUGAGCAGUACCAGCGUAACAAUGGACAAUAGUUUGACGCUGCAAACGAUUCUCUCAACCACCGGUAGUAGUGCCAGAAAGCCAAAGGCGAAAAUGGAAGUUGGAGACGUGAAUGGACGAACGGAAUUCUCAGUGGAAAUGAUUGCGGAGUACGAAUGGCCUCAACCAACGGUGGCUAAUCCACGGUGUCAUGGAGACGCAUACAUGAUUCAAGAACAGAUCGCCGAGUAUCUCGGAGUGAAAAGUUUCAAGCGAAAAUAUCCGGAUCUAAUGCGAAGGCCCGUGGACAUGGAAGAGCGAAACUACAUUAUGGAGCAAGGUUUGGCGUCGGAGAAGAUGUGCGAUCUAGGCUUGACUGCCGUGUACGCUUCCGAAAUUCUGGACAUCAUGUGCAACGACUAUCCGGAGAAAUACGAAGAAUACAAACGGUACCAGCGGGAAAAACUGUACCGCGAUCGGCAGAAAUACCUACGGACAGCUGUGGCGGCUAUUGCCGCCGAAGGCGUCGACCGAAGUCAGUUACAGAAGGAACGAGCGAUUCGGUCGGCUUCCAGUUGGAAUUCCAUGAUGAACAAAGAACGGAAGGAAACUCGUCGGUAUUGUAUGGAUCUUCAAACGUAUGUGGUGCAGGUGCCUCGGGAGCAGCGGUUACAAACGAUGCCUGUUGACCAGGCUAGUCAUUAUCCGGUAGCCUUAGUCCCGGGACAAUUUUCCGAAUACCACAGGACCUACACGCCGGAAGAACUUGCGUGCUAUCCGAUCAACACUGCCCUGUUGGAUCCAACACAGUUGAAGAAAAUCCUACGCUCGGAUCAGUAUAAACAACUGCUGGCCGAAGUUGCCUCGGAAAGUGAUAGUGGAAGCAGCAGCAGUGAUGACUCCAGCAGUGAUAGUGAAGAAAGUGAUACUGAGAGUUCGAACACUGAUGAUGAUUCUAGCAGUGGCUCAGAGGACUCUGAGGAUUCCGAAGUGCCAUUAAAGUGUUCACCGACGAGACCUCCUAUAAGCAGCAGGUUGCAACCAAUUGCUCCGCCAAAGACACCAACUAGCACGACUGCGGCACCUAGGAUGGAAGAUAAGAGUAAAUCGCAACUAAAUCCAUAUCUAUGUGCCGUCUGUCAGGGAGCGCAGAAUAAAAAUCAACUGAAUAAACCGGAACGAUUUGUUCGAUGUUCGGUGUGCAGGCGGAGAGCACAUCCAUCCUGCAUCGACAUGUCGGCCAAGAUGUUCAAACGUGCUCUCGAGUAUUCGUGGGAAUGCUCAGAAUGUAAAUCCUGCCAAAAGUGUCACCGACGGCCGAACACUGCUUCGACGACGGAAACCUCAACUGCCGGCAACAGCGGGAAAAUGGUGUUCUGUGAUCAGUGUGACCGAGGAUAUCACCUGACCUGCAUCGGUCUGCGUAACGUACCCAACGACCGAUGGCACUGCACAGUGUGUACGAUUUGCAAUCGAUGUGGUGCGCGAAGCCCGGAGGGUCAUCCUAAUCCGUACUUGACGGUGCAACAGCGGGAGAAUCUCGCGAUGGUCGCUAACUGGACGCACGAGUAUGCCAACAAUGAGCUGACGCGGAUACGAGAACACGUGGUUACACUGUGUGUGCCUUGCGUGCGGUUGCGGAAGCAACAGGAAGACGAACGACUGCAACGGGUGCAGGAACAGAUGCAGCAGCGACAGUCGGCAAUCAGCAGUAGUAGUUCUAGUGACACCGGGAAUGAAGCAGCACCUAUCGGUUGUAGCGGUAGUGUGAGCAGUAGCAGUAGUAGCAAUAACAACAAUAAUAUCGUCGUUCGAUCGGUGAAAACAGCGGCGGAGGACGCACAGGGAAGGAUAGCCCGCGCGCCACCGUCCACGUCGACAUCGUCAGCAGCGAAAGGGUGAGAGUAAUCUUAUUCCUGUUUUAUAUUUUAAUAGUGAACAAACAAAUCGGUAAGGAUUUAAAGACUCGUUCUAGUUUUUUUUUCUAUUCCCCGUGGUAGUUCGGCAACAAAUCAUUUAGUGUAAAUUUUAAAACCGAAUCAUUUUGUACAAACACAAAUAUAGGUAAGAGAGACGAAUUCGUUACAUUGUUUGUCGUUUUCUUAUUCGUGCACGGUUUAGGCAUUCUUACUGUUCUGUUUAUAUUUCAAAGGUCGCAACGUGGGUUGAUGAAUUCAACGAUCGGCUAUCCGCGGGAUCGGCGUGAAUGUCGAUUUUCUGGAUGAAAUGAAACUUCUACAAAUACCUCUUCAGAAGAUGCUUAAAUCAUGACAAAAGCUUUUUUGUGACUUUUCUAUAACAGUUGUUGGCAUCCAUGAAUGUCACUUUUUUUAGCCAUCGCAUUUUAAUCGCCUAUAAAGGAUGCGGGCCGCAGUUUGGCGGUCAAUAUUAUGUAAGUUAUGAUGAGAGUAAUUACAAUAUAUGCCUGCGAUGAUUUUCGUUUGUGCAAUUUUAUCUGUAGCAAUCAUUAGAGACUCCAUCCGUACUGUAUUUUUAAACGAAGCUGUCCUUCAGAUGUUCAUUGAGGUAAUGUAAAUCAAAUGAAUGCAAUCAGCUGAAAUGUUCGAUAUAUUGAGACAGUCGUCGAAAUGUUGACAAUUUAAGACGCUUGGAAACGAGUUCAAAUUAGGGGUGGCAUAUCCACUUACUUACUGAAGAGGGUUGGCAAGGAAGCACGGGUUUUAAGGGAGCAGAAGCAGAAUUUUUCGAGAGCUCUUGUUGAAGCGCGGUGGUGCAUUAGCUUUCAUCUCGCAAAAAUAAGAAAACCUAAACGGUGUAGAAAUCUUUUCACACUAACGUCUAUUUAGUUAUAAAAGUCUGCUUAGUCUUUAAAGAUCAUUCAAUUGUCUCGGUUCGUAAAAUGUGAUGUUUGUGCUGAGAAUAAAACAUAAAUAUAAAAAAUGCGCUUCAGCUAAUUAGGGUUUCCCUAUACAGCGAAGAAAUGUCAGUGGAAGUUUACUCUAUUGCUCUACUGAUUGCAAAAAACUUCCACGCUUUUUUGUGCACACAAAAAGCAAAACUAACGGUCAUGAAUCCGGAGAAGUUCAGCUCAACCAGGAUACCGUUCUGUUACCAGACAGUAGCACCCUGAACAUGAGAGAUAAAUGUGUAUUUAUGCUACUGCCUACACUGCCCAUAACAGCAUAAGAGUCCCAUGUUGAAAAACAGCAAGCCGAGAAAAACGCUGUUCAAGAUUGUCCCAUCCAUUGAGCCAAAUGGAUGGGACAACCAUGUUUUGGUAUUUUUUUUAUAUUUUCUGAACAACGGUAAUCUUAUUUGUGCAGUGUGAUUCGGUGGUGAUACAGAAUACAAUCCAACGGAUAACUCAUUUUCGACAAAAAUCCACAUGGGACUCUUAUGCGUUUAUGGGCAGUACAGUAGUGGAAUCAAUCAAUAAGAAUUAUUGUUGACUGUCCGCAGAUGUCUCUGAUUACGUUGAAUCUUUUAGAGUGGGAUGUAACAACAUUUCAUUGGUAAUCGCUGAGGCUAUCGAAGCACCGGUCAAGGUGUGAAUUUCUCAAUGCGCUUAGAAGAUACUGCAAAGCCCACCACUCAAGACUACCUGUUGUUACAACAUGCAGAUUCACCAUUUGUUUGUGGAUUUCAAGGCGUCGUGCAAUUUAGUGAAACGAAACGUACUGUGACAGGAAAAGCUUGAACACAACUGACAAAACUGAUUAUGCUGAUUCGUAUGGCGCUGGUUAGGUCAGAAGUGGGCAUCAAAUAGCUGGAGAGAUAUCCGACUCUUUUGUUACAUUACAUGGAUUGAGACAGAGUGGUGUACUCUCUAAUCUAUUGUUCAACCCAUUUGGUGUGCAAAGGACCACAACCAUCGUCACGAGAUCUCACAUCACAGAACAGUGGAAGUGGCAAUUUGAAUUUGAAAAAAGAGGCCAGCUACGGCAAAAUACAUGGUAUCAGGGAUGCAUGAAGCAUAGCACGAGAGCUCAGCGACUGCUUUAAAUUAACGAAAAGCAAUAAGCAAUGGCACCGCUCGUUCAAGCUAACCUACUUGCUCUAGUUAGCCCAACGAGUUAGCGCGAUGUGUCAUGGAACAGCGCAGGGGAAACUAUGGAAUGAAGGAUAAGACUAGGCAAGAAAUAUGCGUUGGUAGACCUGCGUCAAGUUGCUGAACAAACAAUGGGGCAUGUAACUCACAAUGGCGCGUCGUCCUUUUUUUCUAUUUACUAUAGCGCCAGUGUAGCGUGCUAGCGAGAGCUCUCGCGCAUCGUGGCUUGUGCUAGCUCGAUGAGCUGAUCUAUAUCACCACAUUAUGUGCCAGUGCCCAGGAAUACGACACUGUGCGGGAUCGUUCUUCUUCAUGCCUGCAUGGUAAGUAGGUAGAGAGCGAGUCCAAACGGUGUAGGUUUCGAAAUGGAAAUCGAUGGGGUACGAUAUGAAGUUGUCGGUGUAUGUAUAUGAAUCUAGUGGCUAGUUUGGCAUUUGAUAAAUAUUUUGGCCGCGAGGUAGAAGAGUGUGUUGUGGCUGCGAAUAAGCCUUUUCAUAGUUUGCGUUGUCAGCUAAUUUCCCGCAGCCUACAGACGCGCACAAAACUCCAUAAAUGUAAAUCACUGAUACUCCCUGUUUCUCUGCACGGCCACGGGAUAUGGGCUGGGAAUGUAAUGUAAAUUCCGGAAGAGUGACCAGCUAAAGUUACGUUCAGCGAAGAACUUAAAGGAGGUCGUCGACUUCGGGGCAGAACGCCGCACACACUGGCUGUGUGCGAUCGAGGAAGAUAAGCGUUACGAUGAUGGUGAUGCAGAUUUUGUCACUAGCAGAGAAAGGAGAAAUCAUAUUUCAUUUAGCGGCACCAUGGUGACAUCAAAGCAGAAAUCUUGGGUUUACUCUUCGCUAAUUCUAGUGUUGAGUUAUACUUCAACUAAAGUACCGAAGUCAUUGUCGGACUACAUCAGCAGUGUUGGAGCGAAUAAAAACGUUAACUUGGAGAUCCAUGUCCCAAUUUCACAUGCAUCAAUUUAUCCUAGACACGAUUCAAUGGUUUUGUCAAAGUAUCGCCGAUGUGUUGUUUCUUUACUAGAUUCUACGUAUUUAAGCCGUAACAUCCAGUAGAUUUGUUUGUCCUCGCAGAUCCAAAUAGACUCCUUCAUAGAUUCUACGAAAUUUUUGGAAAAUUUUCAUUUUCCAGGGCGGUUUCGCAAAGUGCCGUAUAUUCAGUCAUGGUCGAAGACAGUCCUAGAAUUUAAUUUUUUGUCUUUGGCGUUGCCUGUCAAAUCUGCUUUUUAAAAACAUAGUUUUUUCGGUUCAUCCAACAAUGUAGCUUCUGAUUUAUUGGUUCCGUAAGAUAUCACUCUGCUUCAGACCAAUCUGAUGUAUUCGAAUAGAAGUCUAGGGGGCGGGCGCAGCGUAGUUGGUAAAUCGAUUACCUUUUACGCAGCUCACCUGGGUUCUAAUCCUAACCCCGCACACAGGGUUAGAUAUUUUUCUAAUCCGAAGAGGCGAUUGACCUUAAGGUUAAAAUCUCUAUAAUCAAAAUAAAAAAAAAUCGUUUUCUCGAAUUCUCCGUUUAGGUACGCGGUCUUGACAGCCUGCAUAACACUGCGAGCCGUGAUGGUCAGAAUAGGAUUAAAAAUGUGACUUGGUUUCACUACUAGCGUAUGAGUUCUUCCACUGCAAGACGAGUACCCAGUAACAUUGCCUGAUUCAUCCUUUUUCUCUUUAUAGAUCCACCGAUAACCAAUGCCUUUCUCUCCCGGAGGCAAUGUAGUAAACUCCCAUUCUGCGUUCUUGCGAGGCGAUUUUAGCUUAUCUUCCAUCGUCGACUUCCAUUACACAUUCUCCGGAUCAUCCCCAAUCACUGAACAUCACCGGCAUUGUGGUCUUACUGUUUUCCCUAUGCUUCUGGUUGAGCACUGAUACACUGUUGUUAUACGAAUAACUAUACCAUAUUCUAUGGGAUUCGCUAUGUACAUGAGACUCUAGUAACAAUGAAAUAUCCCGAAUUCAGUUUAUUUCUUGUAUCUACACCAACAGAUGCCUUGGUCCAUGGUGUUUACUUAGACUAGUUACAUUAAAGGAAAACUUUGCAUUAAUCGUAUAUCUUGUAUCUAGUGGACGUCAAAUGCUAGCGCAAUUCAGUUGAAAUCUGGCUAAAGUCUGGUAACAGCGCUGUGGCAACCAUAGCUCGUUGCCCUGAAAGGUAGUCGCAGGAGAGAGUUAUUACGUGGAGCCCGAAUGCGGGCAUGAAGAUCCAGAUGUUGAGAAGAGCAAUCCACCCUGGCAAAUAGUAAGUCGGAGAAGAAUGGGGCAGUCCCUCCGGAUGUUGAUAGUAUCGGGGUGUAUUAAUUCACAACGAUUUCCGCAGCUCGGCAGUUGGAAUCUGGCUAUGAAAGACACUAUCCGGAAGAUAAACCCUAGCUGCCUUCAUGCCUUAUCCACAAUGCAUAGAAUAUAUUGUUUGAACGUUAAUGACUCCAAGAUCCUUGACUUCGGAGUAUCUUGGAAUACCCGCCUCGAGCGAAUGGUAGUUGAACUGGAUCGUAACGUUCCCAGCGAACGUGACGAUUGAGUAUUUGAUCGGGUUUGAAACCAUUCUAUAUAAAUCACACCACGUACUGAAGAUAUCCAGUUCAUUUUGAAAAAUUCGGCAUCGUUUGAAUCCAGUAUCCUUCGAAAAAUCUUCAUGUCGUCAACGAAGGAAAGGCAGGAUCCUUAAGUUCUAUUGAUUAAAUUGAUAUAGAGGAAAAAAUUACUGGACCGAGAUGGCGUCCUUGCGGGAUGCCCGAUGUAGCGAAGAAUGGGUGUAGAUAGACAGUUCUUAAUGGUGAUGUGGAGCCUUCCAUCGAGAUAGGAAUGAAAACAUCGAAAAACUUGUCCGUGAAUAUCGAACUUGUCUAGCUUGGCGAUAUCAUGGUUGGUUUAUCGAAGGCCUUGGAUAAAUUCACGUACAUAGCAUAGGUGUGCAAAAUGUCGGUGAAUCCAUGAAGUACAUACGUUGUGAAUAAGAGCAGGCUGAUCGUUGUCAAUUUUUUAGACAUAAAACCAUGGUAGUCGCUGCGAUGUUGUGUUUGCAGUGAAAGAAAUGAAGAUCUGAAAUAACCAACUCGAUUCGGCACAUAAGCACUAGAUUCCUCGAUAAUUAUCGAUGUUCGAUUUAUUCUCUUUUUAAAGUAUGUGAACCGUUUUCCAACAGGAAGGAUGUAUUUCAGUUGCGAGAGAUAAUUUGAAGACUCGUUGAAGGGAUUGCAAAAGCCCGCUUAUGCACUUUUUGCCAAAAACCGAGGAAACAGCAUUAAUAACGCAAAUUCGUUUGAUGGAUCGUCCUAAACAAUAACAAUAUCAUCAGUCGGAGCGGCGAUCGAGCUGAUGGAAGAAAUGGAAGAAAGAUGUGCAUCGAUAAGGCAUGACACACAGGAACAGAUUGUUUUCGGCAAGUUUCUUUGAUAGCCACACUUGCUCGGAGGUCGCCCAUUGGUCAUAGUUGUUCACUCGGGCCUUCAUACCAUGGCGAACAGCGAUAAACACACCACAACCCGACGUCUUACGACUGCUCAGAGCGUUGCGGUUACAGCGGUAGACAUCAAAGGCUGAACCGUUAACCACACUUCAUUCUCCAGAGUCAAGUAUCGCUGGCGGGCCAAAGUUCUGGCUCUUUAUUUUUCUUUCUUUUUCACGGCUUUGGAUUCUUUCAAUCCUCUAUCUUCUUCCAGGCUUCAUCAGCGAUCCAUUGUUUUCUCUGGGUGCGCAGUUCGCCUGGAUUACAUAUUCUCAAAGGCGACGAUUCAGGCGUUCUUAAUGGCAGUCCAUUGAUCUGCGCAGUAAUAUUCCGGGAUUUAUUCACCACGAAUCUCCAGUUAUUCCAUGAAGGACCUUUUCACCUUCCAGUCGUGUAUUGAACCCUUGAUCAACUAUCUCCUCCGGCCGACGAAUCCGCGCAAAGCAUUGGCCGAUAGACGUAUCUCACCGACGAGGAGAUGAUGAUCAGACACGAUAUCGACAAAACGUUUAUUUCGCACAUCAAGAAAGCACCAUUUCCAUUUUCGGUUAACGUUAACGUAGAUGUGAAUCGGACAAUGGUGGAAUCUUCUAAUCAUCAUGUCGGUGUUACCACAGAACUCUGCGAACAGCUCUUCGUUUUUGCUAAUUUCCCCGAGACCACGAUGUUCGGCUAGUUCGAGUAAUCGAAUCCGAUAAUCGCAUUGAAGUCGCCCCUUCGGAAUUCUAUCUGCGACUUUCAAAGCCUCGUUUGGCGCGUAACAUUGCAUUAUAGUAAGGUUUCGAACCCUUAAAAUGACGAUGAUUAUCCUUUCAUUUAUUGGAUCUUACUUCAUAAGCCAGGCACACGGACGCUUAGUAGGACGCAAACUCCAUGAUUUCAAGCAGCGUGUUCACCUCGCAGACCAGAGUAUAACAGAAUUUGUCCCGAUGACAUUCUAUUUUCUCCAAAGUUUGGUCAAUUCAGUUCUAGCAUCUUGAGCUUCUUACGGCGCAGCUCAUUGGCAUGUAGUGCAAAUUCACCCUGCUGGGUUAGGGUUGUAACGUGCCAUAUUCGUGUCCAUUCGUGUCCAUUGUUUCGAACUUAUAAUAAUAAUUGAAAUACCGGGAAAAGUAUGUUGUUAAUUGAAGGUACUCAAUACCCCAGGUUGGGCUUGCUAUCUUAGGUAUAGUUUUCGUGGAAAAGUAGUUCAUAUUCAGUCGCUGGAUGCCAGGACAGACGAUGUUUGAGCCGCACCUUGUGUAUAGACGCUAUAGAUUUGCAGUUCCGGAGAUGAGAACGAUUGUAUACUAUUCGCCCGAAAAUCAUUCCCCAGAAGGCCAUGCCCUAGAAUUCCAUGCCCCAGAAUAUACUAUUGCCCAGAAAGUCAUUUCCCAGAAUAUACCAUUUCCACAAUUCUAUCCACCAGAAUUCACCAUUUCUCAGAAAGUCAGAGAGUUUUUUUUAUUUAUUUGAUCUUUUUAAACGUACUACUCGUUCCCACUUCCAUCUAACGACAUUCUUUGCUUUCGAUUCGAUCACAUUUGAAAUGAUUGUGUUGAAACCGGAAGUUAGGAUGACGAACUGAAGUAUUUUCUCCAGAAAUAACUGUUCUUCAGAAAACCAUUCCCUCGAAAGCAGCAAUUCUUAGAAAACAACAUUCCAGAAUGUACCAGUAAUGAUUUCUACUAUAGUAAGGGAGUUUUUAAAAAAUAAAAACGAACUUAUCUGUCCGGUUGCUCCGGCUGAACUGAACUUUUAUUCCUAGCUUUAUUUUACAGAGGCCUGACUAACCUAACAAAAGUCCCUACUCAGCAAAUUCGCACUACCAGACAAUUCCCACGUUGGUCGAGGUGUCCAGUUCUUAUCGCUGUCCCAUGCUAUGCCACAUGCGUCUACUCUAAGCGAGAUAGUGACUGUUCCAGUCAGGGCCGGCCAUUUUUUUUACCGAGUGGGUAGUAAUAUCUAGUUGUGACGAAAGUUCAGUCAUGGCGUGUAUAAGUGAAAAUUAAAAUUCCCUAAUAAUAGCUGGUGGCCAUUGGGAAACACCCUUUGUUAACCGGCUGUAUGACUGAAUGUUCAGCGAAAAUGCGUCUGCUGAUUAUUGAUACUACAAAUGUUCCACAGCUACAAAACUACAAAUUCCAUUUUUUUAAAUUUCGUUGCAUAAAUUUUUGGUUCAUUGCGAUAAAACCUAAUUUUCGUGGGUACUGAAGCCCGCAUGAUAGUGUUGAAUAAUGGGAAGAUAUCUCCGACGACCGUCAUCCUUUCAGACUUAAUGGAGGUCGACCUUUAUAUUUCUCCGAUGGCAGUACAAAUUAUAUCCAUCAGAUACAACCGGCCUCUGGAUGGUCUACUUCCAGACAAAAGAUAAGCCAUUUAACAUCAUCGAUAUAUCCCAUGAUCUAAUUCAACGGUUCUCAACCUUUUUCGUGCUACUGACCCCUUAUAAAUCACCCUGGCUUGCUGCGAACCCCCACUGAUAAACAUCGGUUUUGUAUACUAUCAAUAUGUUAUUUUCAGUUUGUUAGGAAACAAGCCUUGAAAUUCAGUGAAAAUUCUUGUAUGCUAGCAAUUGCAUUCAGCAAAAAUCGAGGAGUAUAAGAAAACAACUUAUUUUACAUAAGCCUCAUUUCGAGUCUUUCGCCGCUCCCUUGUUUACUAAAAAUCCUCGUAAGGCCUGAGAGUGUCUCUUGAUGAGACACUCUCAAGAAACAAUAUUUCGCCAGGUGGCUAGGCCCUACGUAGUGUACUCGAUUCAACCAUUGAUCGGAAUACACGAAACCAAGAACCCUGUAUCUUCAACGAGUUUUUCAGUAUUUCUUGUCAGAGGACGCUCGAAAAUUAACACAUGUCAUGGGACAAUGAAAGUUUAGGAAACCCAAAGGUAUCAACACACUUUGGUUAAAGCGGAUGGAUUAUGGUUGUGACAUCCUUUGGGUGGCAUCUCGGGUCAUGUCCAAUCAUUAUACGUUGAAUGUGCAUUUCCGGCGUAUUGGGGUCGUGGAGAAAGGUCUUUGCGCUUGUUGUGACAGUAAUCGCGACAUUAAACAUGUUGUCUGGUCGUGCGCCUAGUGCUCUAGCGCCAGGUCACCGUUAAACGAAUCCCUUAGGUCUCGUUCCAGUCCGAAAGGUGCUAGUGCUUACGCGCAGGAAAAUUUAGCAUAUUUAAACCAAAAAUAUGUCUUAUUGAAUCCAAUCAUUUAUUGUUUAUCACUUCAACCAUCACAAAUGUUGGUUUGAAAACAUUUUUUAUUGGAACAACAAUAAAUUUUUGCUUUUAACAUUUUCAAUUUCAAUAAUUUUCUUUUAAUUUCAAUAAUAAAAAUUAUUAAAAAAAAGCAAUAUUUUUUUAUUGAAGCAAUAAUUUUUUUUUAUUAAAUUCACUAAAAAAAUUUAUUGUCUCCCGACCAACAAUUUUAUUUAUUGAAUUUAAUUCACAUUUUUAUUGAAACCACAAAUCGUUUUUCUGCGUGUAUAAUAUGUCUUUCAUGUACAUAUUUUUAAACACGAGAGAUAUCCAAGUUUAGUUAUCUCUUCUCUUUUGGUUGAGAUGGUUACAGUUACCUGCAAAUCUGAUCCUAAGAGUUCCCAGCUUAUUCAAGGAAACCAAUCGGCAAUCCGCUUCAUGAUGUACUACAGUAAUCCACCUUUUGCCAAAAAGUUUGCAAGUUUCAUUCCUUUUUGCAAUGUCAUUGAUGCCCACCUUCUCCUCAGUUUCCCUGAUAUGGUCUCUGCUACUGAUGUUAGAAUCAAUCACUCUUGUGUAUGUCUGCUGCCUUCCUUACAAAAAGCUUACUAUUGUUUCUUCUUGGUUCAAUUUUUAUUGAAAAAAUAGUUCUUGUUAAAAAAUUACAAGUUGUAUAUCUAGUUUUUUUUAAAUAUUUCAGAAUACUUUAAUCUGAAUAAAAUUGUAUUGAUAUUUUUUUAAUACUUUUUUGUCCCCUUGGUAUGAAUAUAAAAAACAAUUUCAAAUUUCAAGCAAAUCCUGAUUAUUAUCCUAUAUUCCCAAGAAAUUUAAAUUGUAAAUUAAAGAAAUUCGCAUCUGAAUAAAAAUAUGAAAUUGUUGUACAUAGAGAAUUUCAGACGCAUGCAUUAUGUUCGCGAGACACAUACGUGGUUAAUGUCAGAUUUGGGUUUGUUCCAAACUUUCGAGUGGGUAAUUCCCCUAUCGGUGAUUUUCGAGUGGGUAGUAAUACCCAUACUACCCACGUGUGCCGCCGGCCCUGGUUCCAGUUGUUGUUGUUGUUGCGCCAGGUGUAGGGUUCGUAGCUGGGCCUCGGCUAGACCUUUCAUAACUUACCCUUGCUCAGAAAAGCCUUAUCCAGAAUUAACCAGUGCUCAGAAGUUCAUUUUCGAGAUAGAACCAUUUCCCAGACAUUUUUGGUAAGAUGGGGAAAGCACCCAUAUGGUUUUGAAUUGGGAAAAAUCUUAAUAAAAAUUAAAAAUCUUAUUCAGAAUGUUGGCCAUUUUAUUACUACCUUCAAAAAAUGCUAUGCUAGAAGUACUGGAAAAUAGCAGUAUUUUUACAUGUAGGACAUACUUGUAGGACAAAUGAGAGAAUUCAGUACAGUACAACUAUAGGAAGCCCCCCUUCCUCGGAUCCAAAAGAAUGGAACAGUGCUAUGUAAGUAAGGUUAUGUGGUAAAAACGCAACUUUGUACAUUACCUAAGUCGAGGAACUGAUGCGGUGUAAAGCUGCUGAGGAUUAACCGCCGAAAGCGACGGCUCCUCGCAAGCAAGCCAGUUAUCCAUUAGCAUACCUGGCUUACUCGAACAGAGGAAUUGAUUAUUUCUUUCAAACAUGACCAGUUCGUUGAAUCUUUGUGCCAAAUAACGCUUGCACUUAAACUUGAGAUCUUUUCGUCUGGUCGGUUUAUUCAAACAUAGAUGUUGAUUCCUUCUUUCGAGCUUUUCUUAAAUCUAUAUUAAAAUCGAAAUGAAUGCACGUUUUGACAAACGGUUUGGUGUUUUUGGGGUAUUUAUCCUUCGUUUGCAUUGGAAAUGUUUAGUACGUAAAAAUACGAUCCACCCGAUUGCUCGGUUUACUCAAACUUGUGGCACUAAGUACACUCGAAAGUAAAUAUGGCAAACGAUGUUAUGCGAAAUGGCUGUAUGUUGUAAUCUUGUUCAGAAGUUGGGACAAUUUUUAAAGUGGCACAGUUAGUAAUGAUCAUUUUUCAUAUGAAUAUAUUUUCUAAGAGUUUCCCUUCCCUUCUUAACCAAAACCAAAUUUUUCAAAAAUUAAACUCAUAAGGGCAACUCAUGUUUAAAAGAAGGGUAUUUGUUUUAUAAAAAGUAUUCAUAUUACAAACAAUCAGUACCAACAGUGCAACACAACACUUGAAAAUAUGUCCCAACUUUUGAAAAAGACUAUCCUGAUGUGCAAUCCAUUUUGAUUUUUUUAGAGUUACAAGGAAAGCUCGAAAGAAGGAAUCAACACCUAUGUCGGGUAGACGAAAAAAGUAUAAGUUUGCGUGCUAAAGUUAUUUGGCAUACAAAUUAAAAGAGCUGCUCAUGUUUGAAAGAAGGGACCAAUCCCUAUGUCCAAGUCAACUAGUUAUACGAGUGGAUAACAUGUUAUCCACCUGCAGGUUGGCCUGCGAGGAACCGCCGAUUUCCACGGCACAUCCUCAGCAGCUUUACACCGCAUCAGGUCCUUGAGUUAGGAAAUGCGCAAACCUUUGGUUUCGCCGCAAAAAUGAAUAAAAAAUUAACUUUUCUGAGGAAUGGGACAUUCUAGAUAAUAACUUUUUGGGGAAUGGGGAAUUCUGGAUAAUGGCUUUCUAGGGAAUGGUACAUUUUGCGAAAUGUCUUUCUGGUUAGUGGUACAUUCUGGGCGAUGGAAAUCUGGGGAAAGGUAUACAACCAACUUGGACGCUUACGUGGCUGGUUGCGAUUGGGUGUAAGGAGAACAAUUUCGGACAUGUCACGCCUUACGAGGCUAGGUUAGUCGCACAGAGAUAUUCACAAAAACACGGAAUUUAUUCCGAUCAGGUUUUUACUGAGGUGGUGAAGCUAAUCACAUUCUGUAAAGUACCGACGAUAGCGAGCCAAAGGCGAUCGUUCGUCACGUCAACCAUGUCAACAUGAAGGCCGCGUACCUGUUUGGUUUGCGGCAGGAGGAGACUUUCGUGUGACACUCGAACGAUGACCUCGAUACUGUGAGCUCUUUAAAGGGGAGUCUAUACGGGAUGCGCGAGUACAGAACUAACGGAGUGACAUGACGUGUAUACGUACAUACUGAUCUACGUGGACGAUAGUGUUGUAUCCCGAACAUAGCAGCAAUAUCGACGCUUGGUUCAAAUUUUCAGUAAGAGCUUCAAUAUUAAGGAAGUGUGAGAGUUCAUUAAGUUCAUUCAUUCCAUUACAUUCCACACCAUGCUGACCGGUUCAUUUUGAGCCAGAACUCGUACGUGUAGAAGAUUUUAAUACGAUUCAACACUGCAAAUUGUCACGUAUCUCUAUGAUUAGCGGCUUCGUACAACAAAAGGAUGGGGUGAAUGAUUCGCUGACAGAUGCACUGCAAUAUCAAAUUCUUAUCGUAGCUUUGCGGUUCAUUGCCGGCAAUACCCACCCGGACAUUACGGUAUCGACAUCCAUUCUCGGGCGCUGGUCAUCUAACCAACAUCAACGGAUUGGAACUAAGGGAAGCAAGUGCUUCGUAACCUCAAAGGUACAGUACGCGGCGGUAUCCACAUUCAAUUGGAGUGCUUCUUGGACGCAGACUGGGCUUAUGAAGUCGACAAUCGAAAGUACAAAACUGGUUACUGGUGACGGCUACGAUGAUCUUGAUGAUGGUAGUGGAAUCAUUGGCUGGGAAAGCAGAAAGCAGACGUGUGCGUGUGUCCCUUUCCAACAUUGAAACGAAGUACAUCGCACUAGCGUAGUACUUACAGAAGCGGCAGAUGCUUCGACGAUUGGUAGACGACAAGCAUGGGAAAAAUCGCAUCGUGAACCGAUCGUUCGCGCUUCGCAAGCAAGCUUUCUUCAGUUGUGAUGCAUUCUGUUAGCUUCGAAAAUGAUACCUAGCAAGCUGUCGUUACGGACACAUGCGAUUUAAAGCUAUAACAGCCAACGAAGAAGCACAUCAGUUGUGUUUUAAUUCUUCCUUUCCCCAACGCGGAUGGCUUCGUUCGCGAAGCUCUUCUCGAGCGGUUCGCGGUUUGCAUAGGAUUUUCAUUAUACAGUUUUAUUUCAUCUUCAUAUAUAAUUAUAUAAUUAAUACUUGGAAAACUAUAUACCAUUUUAAAACUAGCUGAUAAUCAAUGGUUUUAAAAAUUUGCAACAAUGCACUGCUAACAAAUAGGCCGCAAGGAACUUCAGUAGAUCAAAUUACUAGUAGUGUAUCACAAAACUACCCAUAACGCGAUCUGUCAGCAAAAAAUCCAGUGCAAAAAUAGGUACUAUGUUUUAAUCAUGCAUGAAGAAACCUUUGUGAGCUUCGCGAAGCUACGUGACAAACAUUCACGAGCGAAGAAUUGACGCUGCUCUUAAAUUUUUUAAGCUUCACUUUUGAUUCGCAGUUUGCCCAUCUAGUGACCUGCUCUGAAUUUAUUAGACUUCUCCCUUCGUGCGUUGAUUAUGGUUAAUUAGUGAGCACAAAAUUUUGACUACUUUGUGAUCCACAGUUAGCAACAGUCGCGCGAGUGAACGAAUUUUCCCAUGCCUGGUAGACGACGUGGGAGAACUUAAGACAUUGCCAAUUGUAGUCAAUGAAGACAGCCAUAGCUGCACCGCGCUUACGACGGUAGGCAGGAGCCGUCGGAAGUCGAAACGACGCCAAGUAUUUUUUGUUAAGGAUUUGACGGUUGGUACUGUCCAACAAAGCAGAUAUGAGCGGAUCUUCUCACCAGAGUUUUGGUAGCAGUGAAUCUGCAGCAGCUACGGGAAACAAUUGGUAUCCUGCCAAAUGAUGUUGCGAAGCAGUGUUGAAGCUUCGAAUCAACCCAUGGAAAAUGGUACAUAUUUCGUUGCUAUACUAGGUUCUUUACUGACACAGUUAACCUCACUUUUUGAUGCAAGUGAAAAUACGAGUAAAAGAAAUACGAGUAUGAACUGGUUGUGCGUUACAAGGCCAGAUCAUAAAUUAUCUCCGCCGACGUCUUGGGGUUUCACCAGAAAUUGACCAUCUCCUGUAGUGCUUCUGGUUGCGCACAGAUAGAUUCAACUAGUUGUAGCACAAAAUACACUAUUUUUUCGUUUUCUAUUGUGUUCUCCAGAUUGCCAACUGUCCCUGCUAGAUACCACCUUGUUCGUGUUUUUGUCGAUGAGUACAAUCAGUACAAAGUUGGGCUAGAUGGAAGACAAGAACAAAAUUGAUCAUGAAAACACCCACGACAAAACCUUGUUUCUGCAGGUUCAUAGACCAAUCUCAUUUUAUCUGACUACAGCACUAUGGUCCAAGGAUUUUUUUCGCCGAAAGAUUUGCCAGAAACUGAUGAACUGGCAAGGAAUUUUAAGCUGUGGAUUCAAAACCAAACUUCUUUUCAUCUAAAACAAUAUGGACUCAAAGCUCUGUGUGCAAGAGUGCCUGUCGAAAUGUAUAUUAUCUUUCAUUAAAUCUUAACUGACAAAGAGUGCUGUAGGAAAAUGGUCAAUUAAAAUGAUUGAUAAGUUUCUUUCCUACGAAAUUAACUUUGAGAUUAAAAUAAAGAAUAUUUGAGGUAAAAGAAAGGACGGUUCCUAAAAUCAUCGAAAUUAAGGACAUAUGGAGCGCAUCCUUCUGAAAUUGCUUCGAGCUUAUUUCUCAAAAAAAAUUACCUUACAACAGCAUAAAUUUAGAUCAAAACUUUUAUCACUGUUCAUUUCGCUCCAAUGUUGUGGCCCCUAGAUUCAAAAUGUUCCUAGUCUUUGUUUAGUUUUUCAUGCAUAAAGGCACCGACUGAUCUCAAAAAAUAAUUAUCAAAAAGGAUCUGCAUCAGAUUUUGAAUAAUAAAAUAUUGAAUGGUUGAUGCCCCUAGGGUUUCAAUAUAUGUAUGUCUAUUUUUUCGGAAAAAUCCCAGUGUUAAAUUGUUAAUGCAAUAAAGCAUUGUUGCAUGAGGGUAGUUAAAAUUUUCUUGUGAUUUUGUGUAGUCCACGUGAUUGAUCAUGAUGGAUAACGUCGCCCCAGUUUGAUUCCGUAUUCGAUCAUCAGCCACAUAUAUACUUACAUAAUGCUUCACCUGGCCGAUUAAACAUGCGAUUCAGUAGUUAUUACAUCCGACCUCUCUCGACAUUCUCUUUAGCCUAAAUAUAGGGCCCUAUUCUCACAGUCACGUCACGUAGUGACUAGAAGGAAAUUUUGUUCAGUCACUAGGUGACGUGACUGUGAGAAUAGGGCCCAUAAUGUGCCCAUUAUCCUAAAGUUGGCAAAAUGACGAAGGAAUUCUAUGGGGGUACCAGAGGGUAGAAUCUUUCGAGGGAAUCUUCAACUCACGAAACGUUGCGACUACUACCCUGCUUAUUGCUUUUACCUAUUAUUAACAAGCACACAAAAUAUACCAACGGAUGAGUUCAAUUAUCUCGUCGGUAGUAAGGUAAGGAAACGGAAGAAACUGAUGUACAGAGAGCAACAAGUAGGAUAAGAAUUUGUUAGUCGUUCUCACCCACAAAACGUAGUUAACUAUUCUAGAAAUGCGCCGAAGCAAAUAAACAAAAUCUCAUCAAAUCUACGUUUGUGGGUUAAAACGAUUCUUGCGAGCUAAUUAUUUUGUCGUGGCAAACUUGAUAUGAGCCAAUACACAGGUCCGUUUGAUUUUAAAAUUGUCGUCAAUCAAUGAAAGAAUGUGCUGGAUUGGAUGUUUGAAUAAAAGUAGGUAUGUUUUUUCAUAUUUUAUGUGAGAAAAAUAGGCAUACGCAUAGACGGUCUAAUAGUUUUUAUACUGUAAAAAUAGCAAAGAGGUACAUUAUUAUUAAGUAAGUAUAUAUUGUUAACACUGGAAGGAAAAUGUAAUAAAAUUAAGGCUAUGCGCAUUGUAAAUAUAUUGUCGCUAAAGCAAACAAUACUAGGUUAAUAAAGUAAAACACCUUGUGAAAGAAUCGAGCAUAAAAUGAAAAGAAAUACUACUUCUAACAAGUAUUAAUACACUUUAGGUGAGAGGUUGACUUUCAAUUUCUACUUUGUAUAAAAACAUCAUACAGAACGAGAGGAAAGGUUUAACAGCGAACAAAACAGCAUUUUCAGCAGAAAGGAAUAAAUAAAUAUAACAAUAGUCGUUAGAAUAGGAACCUUUUCUCUCACUCUCUCUUUCGCUGGCUAGUUAACUCACUAGCUAGCCGACUCGUAGAAGGUAAAUUCUAAUUUGAAAAUUUAUAGCCAGUUACGCAUCAUACAGCAGUAAAAUGAUACAAGACAACCACAACCAACCUACUUAUCUUUAGGGACGCGAUUUGGUAAAUGGAAUGACGCAAUUCUUUUGGUUGUUUUUGUUUGAUUUUUUUUUUGCUAAAAAUAUUCUCCGAUGGUAAACCAAUAGUGCGCGCGCGAAAUAGAAAGAUUAAACAAAAGGAUAAAUAAUUAAAGCAUUAGCUUGUAAUUUAUUGAAUUGACUAUACUUUUAACGAAUAAAUUUUUUAUAAAAUAUUA